AUGGCAAGGCUAUGCGGCAAUGGCCGCGGCUGCCUAUGCCAAAGAUCUUCUCAAAGGAUUUCUCUAAAUAAGGUUGAAGCCGAGAAGAAACUGGUCGAGGUUCUUCCCGACGUUGAUUCCAAGCUUGAGAGUAUCGAUCUGAAGAUGGAAAUCACGCACGCUGAGAUCGAAAGUAUGCGUAUAGAUACACAUUCCAACGACAUCAGGCAAUGGCUAGCCUCACCUGACGGUUCCUCCAAUUUCAACAAGGCCAUCAAGGUUCGUCAUCCAGGCUCUGGUCGACUCGAUAUCCUGCUCUGGCCGACUUGUUACCAGGAGGUGCAUCUUGACCUGUACAGAAAGGUCUUGGUUGACACUGCCCAACUAAGCCAGCAAUUCGCCUCGUGGCGUGCAUUCGUCCAGCGCAUCAAGAACGAUCCAUACUUCUCCAAGGUUGCCUAUCAUUUCGGUGAAAGCCUUCUUGGCGACCAGAUUAUCGCUAUACGAAACGAUUUGCUAGAGGCGGAUAUCCGAAACUACGUGCAGGAUAGAGUUCGGGAGCACGAAGGUCUUAGUCGGUGGCGUGGACACAAGGAGAUUCAAGACAAGAUUGAGGCUAGUCUGCUCGAGAAAGCCAACGGAAUGUUUCGCCGGGUGUCAUGUCAGCUUGACGCUCUGGAAGACUGCUUAGAACGGAAAGCUCUGCUAAAAGCACUUCAAAGCCUGCCACAAACGCUGGACGAGACGUACGAGCGGAUAUUGGCAAACGUACCUUCAGCCCAUAUACACCACACAAGACGGAUUCUGCAGUUUCUAACAUAUUCCGAACGACCGCUGCGACUGGAGGAGGCGGUCGAUGCAAUUGCCGUCGAUGUCGGAGAGGGUGUAGCUCGGGGGUGUCGAUUUGAUCCCAACGACAGAUUGCCAGUUCCCCGAGAGAUUACCCGGUAUUGCUCAAGCCUUGUCGUGCUUAUUUCAAGACAGGGUAGAUACGGCGAAGAGCAAGAGGUAACAGAGAUCCAGCUAGCGCAUUUCUCCGUCAAAGACUACCUUACCUCGGAUCGUCUAGACAGUCAGACUGCUCUAUAUUUGCAGGAGACGGCUGCCCACAGCUCCGUUGCUGAAGUUUGCUUAGCAUAUCUAUUGGAAUUUGAAGAAGUCGAAACAACGAGAGAGAUCAAACAGGUUUCUCCCUUUGCCCAAUAUUCAGCACGAUACUGGGUGAGCUAUGGUGUUGUGGGCGAGAAAAAUAGCGAACAUGUAUUCAAGCUCGUAGGAGAGCUCUUUUUAAGCCGAUUACUACUCAAAAGUUGGUGUCGUCUGUAUAACCCGGACAGGCCUUGGGAAGAUGAACUUGGAAGGGAUAACAUAGCACCCGCCCUGUACUACGCCUCACUCAUAGGACUAUCACGAUGUGGCAGCAUGUUGCUGAGCCAGGGAGCCGACAUUAAUGUCCAGGGCGGACAUCACGGCAACGCUCUGCAGGCCGCUUCAUUUGGAGGACACCGAGAAAUCGUACAGCUGCUGCUCGACAAGGGAGCCGACGUUAAUGUGUCCCAGGACGCUUUAACUCCACUAUUAGUAGCUGCUAGACAGGGUCACGAAAACAUAGUAUGCCUUCUUCUUGCCGCUGGCGCAAACCAUCGAGUAACGGAUAGUUUUGCUCGAACGGCUUUUACGUACGCAGCAAUUCAUGAUUCCUUCAGAGUGGUAGACAUCCUACUUGGGAAACCUGGACUUAACAUUAAUACGAAAGAUCACUGGGGUGCAACGGCAAUCUCCUUCGCUGCUCGGCUUGGACUCUCAAAAUCUUUCGAAAAGAUCGCGACUAUGCCUAGUAUUAACUUGCACGCGGGAGAGAAUUUUGGUCGGACAUCUCUUUGGUGGGCUCAGAAGCAAGGGCAUAUCGACAUUGCAAGUGAUAUUGUCGAGCAUAUCCGCCUAUGGACGAGGACCCGACACGACCUCGAAGGCUAG